AUGGAGGAAUUAACCAGCGUUUUAACUGCAGUUCUUCGAGGAAUUCAGCAGCAACCCCAACAAGCCGCAGCGGCGCCGGUGGUGCCAGCACCCUCUGCGCCAAUUAACAUUCCAGCUUUCGAUCCCUCAAAAAGCGAUGCGGGAGCGAUGGGUUGGUGCGACGAUAUGGAGACCACGUUCAAGUGGACUGAUUUUGAACAGCUUUGCAGAGCCGCGGGUGCCCUGGAAGGUGACGCAAAGGAUUGGUAUGGCAACUGGCACCCAUCAAAUAAAGUUUGGGCUAGUUUCCGGGCCGAGCUUUGUCAGCUUUAUCCUGCGAAGAGGAAUCUUAGUGAGCGGUUACGUAAAGCUAAAUAUCGUCGGAACAAACCGUAUUUACAAGAACAGCAAAAUGCAGUGGAAUAUGACAAUGUAUCGGAAGUUUCUGGGAAUAGCUCCAAAUCACAUGCUCCUAUUUCUGGAGAGUGCUCGGAGUCACGAGUUGCUGUUUCUGGAGAGUGCUCCGAAUUACAUGCUACUGUUGAUUCCACGUCUACUGAGGCUGUUGGUACAUUGACAGACUUACCGUCUUUAGAAAGAAAAUCAAUGGAAACUUUUGACAAAAAGAUUAAAAUUAUUUACGCUGAGAAGAAAAAGUUUCUUGCUCCAUUUUCCGCCACUCUUUUGACUUACAAGGAUGUAUUUAAAACGAUGGCAGUAAAAGAAACAAUUCGUUCAGUUGCAACACAACUUCGCGGAGAAAUUCUUAACUCAAACAAAAGAGAAUUGCCUGAAAAUUGUACGGCUGAAGAUUUGAUGAUUGGAGAAUGCGAUAACGUGCUAGAGCUUUUUACUUGCUAUUUGGAAUCAUUGAUUUGGGGCGAUGUUUCUCACAUAUCCAAAAAAAGCUGGUGA